AUGGUGGCAGUAUGCCUUAUCUUCGCCCUCGUGGCAUUUUGCUCGGCAUCGAGUCUACCGAUCGUAGACCUCUCGUAUGAGCUACAUCAGGCCAUCUCUAGCACCCCAGAAUUUUACAAUUUUAGCAACAUCCGCUAUGCCGCCCCACCAGUGGGGGACCUGCGAUUUCGCGCUCCUGCACUGCCGGCACAGAAUCGGUCUCAGAUCCAGAAUGGCUCCGGCGCCCGAGUGUGUCCCCAGGCCAAACCCAUCUGGUCCUCGGAUAUCAUGCCAGAGUUCCUUCUGAGUGUAUUGGAGGGAACGCCAUUCAACCAGUCCACAAAUAUUUCUUCUUACCCGUAUGAACCGCCGAAGUCCGACUCGGAUGUCACCGAAGAUUGUCUGUUCUUGGAUGUGAUUGUUCCAAAGAAGAUCUUUGAUCGGUCGCAUGGCAAUCGCUCAGUGUCGAGUUUGGCUCCGGUCAUGGUCUGGAUCAAUGGGGGAGGGUACACUGAAGGCGAUAAAGUUUGGGAAGAUCCCUCGGGAUUGAUCAAUCGGAGCACGGUUGUUGGUGAUGGGGUUGUGUAUGUUGCGAUCAAUUAUCGCCUGGGUGCAUUUGGUUGGCUAGGAGGUGACACUCUCAUUGCAGAUGGAACUGCCAAUGUAGGACUUCAUGAUCAACGCUUUGCUUUGGAAUGGGUAUACAAGAACAUUCACCUAUUUGGUGGAGAUCACCAGCGAGUUACCCUCAUUGGGGAGUCGGCUGGUGCAGGCUCCAUUAUGCAUCAAAUCACGGCAUAUGGUGGCACGGGUGGGCCGUCGCGAUUCCAACAAGCAAUCUUGCAGAGUCCAGCCUGGGUUCCCAUGCCCGAUAAAAAGCAGCCCGAGCAGACUUUGCAAAACUUCCUCCAACUUUUGAAUGUCAGCACACUCGAUGAAGCGCGGCAGCUUCCGUCAAGUCAAUUGAUUGCAGCCAACGCUUACCAGGUCGCGACCCAGUCCAAGUGGGGAGAAUUCACUUACACCCCCGUCGUGGAUGGCACUUUCGUGCCAGCGCUGCCGGGGCAGCUGCUCAUGGACGGGAAGUUCGACCAUAACCUGACCGUCAUGAGUGGACACAACACGGAAGAGGGACUCGAGUUCACUCCACCGGCAAGCAUAUCGAGCAGCGCGGUUCCAACGUAUUUGAAGGCAUAUUUCCCUUUCAUUACGCAAGACGUCAUCGACUACGUGACUCAGGAGCUAUACCCGCCCGUAUAUAACGGUACCUACGGCUAUACAAGCCCAAUCGAGCGCUACGCAUUCCUGAUCUCGGAAUCCAUCUUCGAAUGCAACACCGAAUAUCUCAAUUGGGCCUUUGAAAACCAGACUUUUGCUUACGAGUUCAGCGUCCCACCUUCACUCCACGGCCAGGACACCCUGUACACUUUUUACAACCCUGGAAAGUCCGGCCUUGAUGGUGGGUUAUCGGGACUCCAGGUCCAAAACGUCACUGUCGCUUUCGCCAUGCAGGACUACUUCACUAGCUUUGCUCAGUUUGGUGCCCCCAAGUCUCCUGUGGGGCCGGUGUUUUCGCGAUAUGGACCGCAGAAUAAGCUCCUGGAUAUUGGCAACAACACCAUUCGACCGGUCCGCGAUUCAUCUGAUAAUUUCCGCUGUCGUUACUGGCAGACUGCACCGUAUUAUUGA